AUGCCUGCAGACUUCAACGGGUACUGGAAAAUGGUCAGCAAUGACAAUUUUGAGGAGUAUCUGAAAGCGCUGGAUGUAAAUGUUGCUGUAAGAAAAAUAGCAAACUUGCUAAAGCCUGACAAAGAAAUCCUUCAGAAUGGGGAUCAUAUGAUCAUUAAAACACUAAGCACUUUUAGAAACUACAUCAUGGAAUUUGAUGUAGGGAAGGAGUUUGAGGAGGAUUUAGCUGGGGUGGACGAUCGCAAGUGCAUGACCACUGUGUCUUGGGAUGGAGAUAAGCUGCUCUGUGUACAAAAUGGAGAGAAGGAAGGCCGUGGUUGGACCCAGUGGAUUGAAGGAGAUGAAAUGCACCUGGAAAUAAGAGUGUGUGGAGUUACAUGUAAGCAGGUCUUUAAGAAGGUGCAAUGA